CUAAUCUCUCUGUUUAACAUGAAAGGAAGUCCUUGCUGAGCAGUAAAACAUUUUCACAAAGAUGUUCAGACGGACAGUUUUAUUAUUGACAAUUGUACUGACAAUUUUGCAAAGGGGUUAUAGCAAAACAUCUGGAAUUUCACAAUUCUGGUCGGACGAUAUCAAAGUAUUCGACAAAAUUUAUGGAAAGACAUCUGACAAGGAACUGUAUGGAGUGACUCUCCCACCGAAUGUCAAGUUUGACACAGACAGUAAAAUCCCAAUUCAAAUCGAAGCAUCUGAAAAGAGAGAGAGAUAUCUACCAGAUGGAAAGAACAUUCUAGAUUCAGAAUAUUAUCCUUACGAUCUUGGAGAUAGAUAUGCGAAAUUAUUCUCAAAAUCGUUGUAUCCCGGAAAGUCAAAACCAUCAUCUGCGUUGCAGUUCAUAAGCUUUUCAGAUUUCAAACCAAUAAGCGAAUCGACUGACCCAGAAACGUACACUUACCUAAAACAUCUGGAGAAAAUUAGUGAAAAGAAAAAUGACUUAACAAAACAUUACAAACCACACAGCGUAGAGUCAAAUUCUGAAGCAGAUGAAGCUUAUAAAAGUAUUCAAGAUAUAUUAGACGCUCACGAAGCGAAUAAAAGUAACGAUUCCCAGGAAGAUGAAAAAGAAUUUUCAAGUCCAAAAUAUAAAACUAAGGUUAAUGAAGAAGGUGUACGAUAUGCGAGAAAUAGAAAUAGAAGCAAAGUAAGGUUGGUGAAUGGUAACAGCAUAAAAUCUAGGUGCAUUUCCGGCAGAUGCAGGUCUACUCAAAGCUCUCUACGUACUAGACCGUAUUUGCGAAAAAUACAACAUUACAGAUACUCUAAGCGUUAGUUUAAGACAUAUUUUUAUAGAUCUAGUUAUUUAUUCAUACAACUUGUU